AUCUUAGAUGAUGUGUGGAAUGAGGAUCCAUUGAAGUGGGAAGCCUUAAGGGGUUGUUUGUUAGAAAUAAAUAAAAAGAAGGUGAGUAGAAUGGUUGUGACAACUCGAAGUGAAAAUGUAGCAUCUACAAUGGGAGCACUUGGAGAACACAUGUAUCAUCUUGAAGGACUAGAAGAUGAAGAGUGUUGGUCUAUAAUAAAGCAGAGAGCAUUUGGAGGUUCUUCAGUGCCUAAUCUGGAGUUGGAAGCGAUUGGAAGGCAGAUCGCUAAAAAAUGUAAAGGUGUGCCCUUAGUUGCCAAUGUUGUUGGGGCUAGUUUGAGUAAUCGAAGGGAUAGAGGCGAAUGGAUGUCAGUUAACAAUAGUUUUGAUGCAAGGAGUUCACUGGAAGAUGAUAGGAGGGCAUGGACUGUUCGAGUUUUACAGCUGAGUUUUGAUCGGUUACCUAACACAACAUUGAAGCAAUGUUUUGCCUUUUGUUCCAUUUUCCCCAAGGAUUGGGAAAUUGAAAAGGAGAUGUUAAUUCAACUUUGGAUGGCUGAAGGCUUUCUUCAACCAUCACAAGGAAGUUCAAUGGAGGAUAUUGGUGACAAGUAUUUUAAUGACUUGUUAUCAUAUUCUUUGUUUCUAGAGGAAGAAAGAGAUUCAACUGGUAAGAUUAAGUCAUGCAAAAUGCAUGAUUUAAUUCAUGAUCUUGCCACUUCCAAUUCAAAAUCAGAAACACUUAUUUUUAAAGCUGGUUCAGAGAGCAAUAUUGCUCAUGUUCGGCAUUUGAAUCUCGUUAAUGCUGAGGAGAUGGUGCCAGCAAAUUUUGUGGAGGUGGCUGGAAAACUACAUUCCUUAUUUCUUAAAGGUGAUAUUUUGGGCAAGAUGCCAGAUAGCUUCAAAAGGUUACGCAUUCUUAGCUGUGAAAAAGGUAGCCUUUGGAGAAUUAAUAUUGAGCAGUUGCCAACUUGGAUCGGCAAGAUGAAGCAUUUGAGGUAUCUAGACAUUUCAUACACUGACAUUAAAGAACUACCCCAGUUUAUCAUGGAGUUGUAUAGUUUGCAGACACUGAGUUAUUUGUUGUCGGUCUACAAGAGGGAAGUCGAAUUGAGGAAUUGGGAUGCUUGAGCCAACUUAGAGGUG